AUGAGAUCGGCGCCAGGACCCCAGCCGUCGAAGAGCGAUCCCUGGGAUCUGGCAAGAGGCCAGCGGGGCGCGGGAGUAAGGCGUCAGGAGGAUGCCGAUGAGACGGACUCGCUGAUGUUGGCAAAGGAGGCCGACGGCGAGGAGUUGGCGGAGGAUGAUCCCAUGGACGAGGAAGAAGAUCACUCGCCGGGCGACAUGCGCAAGGCAGGCGAGAGGCGUCGUGGAGAAAAACGUGAAGAACGCGGAGAGGCGACGAGAUCAAAUCGCUCGACAGACGAAGUGUGUGGGAGUGGCGCAAGGCGACGCGGGAGCGCGGAGGCAGAUGGCGCGACCGACGAAAUGGGUGGGGGCGGCGCGAAACGCCAGGGGAACCGCGCGGAUGCAGAUCGCGCGCCAGAGGAGGUGCGCGGGAAGGAAGCGAGGCGCCAGGGGAAUCGCGCGGAGGCAGAUCGCGCGCCAGAGGAGGUGCGCGGGAGUCAAGCGAGGCGCCAGGGGAAUCGCGCGGAGGCAGAUCGCGCGCCAGAGGAGGUGCGCGGGAGUCAAGCGAGGCGCCAGGGGAAUCGCGCGGAGGCAGAUCGCGCGCCAGAGGAGGUGCGCGGGAGUCAAGCGAGGCGCCAGGGGAAUCGCGCGGAGGCAGAACGCGCGCCAGAGGAGGUGCGCGGGAGUCAAGCGAGGCGCCAGGGGAAUCGCGCGGAUGCAGAUUGCGCGCCAGAGGAGGUGCGCGGGAAGGAAGCGAGGCGCGAGGGGAAUCGCGCGGAGGCAGAACGCGCGCCAGAGGAGGACAAGGCCGUGCGGGCAGGAGGCGUAUGGCGAUGGGAGAAGGGAGAUCGCUGGAAUGGUCAGAAGAGGAGGAGGACGAGGAUUACGAAGGAAAGCGCGUUCAGCACUCGCCAGCAAGGAGGCGGCGGCCAGCAGAGAAGGCGCGAGGCAGGGGUAGCAUACGAUCGCCACCCAGCGCCUCAAGGGAACAGGCGGGAGCGCGCCGUGAGAAAGCAGAAGAACACCUGUGGGCAGAGAGAAGGGCUGCAAAGGAAACAAGAGAAGAAGCAAGAAGGUGGCCCGAGAGAGAGAGCCGUGAGAGGAGGGGCGAAGGAGAGCGAUACCAAGGGGGUGAAGAGGCAGGAAGAAAAGCGGAAACGGGGAAACGGGAUCAGGAACGCCGAGGCUGGGAAGAGUGUGGAGAUUAUGAGGAAAGAGACAGGUGGGACUCACCGGAAAGAGGAAGGGAGUGGAGGCGCGAGGAGGACUGGCGAGGCAAGAGAGAAGGUGUGCGGACACCAGAAGUCUCGAGGGCAGCAGAGAAGGAGCGACAGCGAGAGGACAGAGUGCGGCAGUACCAGGAGCGGUCCCCUGCAAGGGGAGAGAAGCGUCGGGAAGAUGCAGAGAGGCGCAGGGGGGAGCGAGAAGAUGCCCGAGGGAGGAGCCCUAGCCCGAUGGGCCCGAGGAGGCCGGGGCGUCACGGCAUAG